AUGAAAUAUUUAGAUAAAUAUUCGGUAAAUUCUUGUAACAGUGACUCCGUAUCAACUUUUGAAAUGUUUAAUCAUAUCGCAAGGAAAGAUGAAGCCGAAAUGGUUGAACUGUCCGAUUUAGAAAAAUUCUGUUGCUGCGAAUCUCCGAUGCCAACAAAUUUGUUGCCUGAUAUCAACCGAAAAGAUAACGUUAUAAAUUAUUUGCCACCAGCAGUUAUUCAACCCCACACGUCUGAAUUUAUAGUCAAUGAUGUCGACGUUAAUAUGAAAUACUACUCGAAUGGAAGCAAAAGCAAAAUUAAUGCCAAUAGCCCAACUUUACUCAAGGUGGAUUAUGGUUGUCCAAAUAUUUAUUACACAUCAAAAUCUGACUCGGCAGAACUAUUACUGGAUAGAAAACAGGACGGCUGCUCCAACGAAACAGAUGUGCAACGCAAAAGCGAUAAACUUUCAAGAAGCGAUAGAUUUGUUGGUUACUUUUUUCAAAUCUCAAACGAUAAAAAAGUUUUUGGAUUGACUGCUGCUGUUAUUUUCAUAGUUGGAUUAAGUUUGGGAUCAAUAUUUGGAUUGGGAGCUUUGAAAAAAAAUUCUCAUAAAGCCAGUCAAUGUCCGAUUGAUAGACUGAUAUGUGAAUCUGUUGAGUGUCGGGAUGCUUUCAGAUCAACUUUUUGUAACCCCACCACACUGAUGACAUGUUCCAACAACAACCUUUAUAAAGACUUCUGUGCAGAUUUCAAUUAUACGGAUAGUAUUUGGCGUGAUUUAGAAAAGGAGGAUUCGAAAUGGAAAAACUAUAAUUCAACAACAUCAAACAAUGAAAUUUUCAUGAAAGAUGCAUCAGGAUGGGUAUAUUUUGACAAGGGCAGUUUGAAUGGUUCAAAGUAUAUAAUCGUCAGCAAGUUCAUGACAUUCCAAGUAGCUCAGGAUUAUUGCAAGAAAGUGGGAGGUCACUUGGUCCACAUCAAUUCAAUUAGAGAACAAAUUUUUGUUGAAGAUUAUCUAUCUUCCGAAUUGAAAUCAGAUUCCCUUCCUCCAAGCAUUGGAUACUGGUUAGGAGCCCGUCGACCAAGGGGUGGCCACUCCGGAAUGUGCAUGUACGAGCAGUGGAAGUGGAUUGAUGCUUACGGAAGAACUCACGGAACUAUUAAAGGAUUCACUGCAUUUGUUCCAGGAAAACCGGACAAUCUAUACUACCCAGAAGAGUGUUUAUAUUUAACUGUGAACGAAGGGAAACACGAAAGCAGGUAUCUAAAAUGGGAUGAUGCCAUGUGCGAUCUGCCGAACGCAGGCAUACUGACAUUUUGCGAGGUUGAAUUAUUUCAACAACGAUGA